GGGCAGGGUGCGAGGAGUCGGCUGAACAAAUCGGGCUUCGUUUCCAGCCUGCCACAUGGCAUUUGAAAGAAGAUGGUUUAAUUCUCCGAGUGCUAUAGCUGCCAAACAAACAGAAGUGGCUGAGUGCAGAUUUACGUAAUUUACCUAAAAGCCAGCGCCGCCUUUCAAAGAGAAGAAUCUCAGGACUUCUGUCCGUAGCGUGGUCUGUUACGCCGUUAGGUGUCGAUGGGUUAGGAAAAAGUAGUGACCACUGGCCUUAUACUUACUGUGGCCGCAUCCUGCGCUUACACACUCCCCUCUGGGGUGAACCAAGGGGAUCGGCUCAGUAAUUCUUUCCGGCCCGAUUCGGUAGGAGGAACAGCCCGAGUGCAAGCGUCGCAGGGGGAUGGAGCACGUUCUCGAGCUCUCCGAGGGCUCUUUGCCACAACCAGCGCUAAGAUCAUGGCCCUGCGGCCUCUUGGGUCCAGAAUUAGCGUUGGAAGUGUCAGUGUUUGUGUUCUUAAAAAUGUCUAAGCGUGUGCCUCACCGAUAGCCUGCCGGGCUCUGAUGUGGAGAUUUAUGGUUUCCAAGCAGAUUGUAAAAAUUUUAUAAAGUACCUUAAAUAUUUACACAAUAAGCAUUUAAGGAAACGCUGUUAUGUCUCUAAGGGAGCUGUUGGUCUUUUAGGCCCAUCAGACCACUGAUACCUUUUUUUCUUAAUUCUCUGACCUCCAGGAAUUUCUUUUUUUCACCUGAUUGUUUUUAAGCAGACAAACAAAUGGAACAGGAACCUAUAAAUAAUGUUAAUGACCUGGCUUGUAUCCUCAAAAGCCAGGAAAUGUAAAAUCAGGACUGCGAGUUGGCCCUUAGGUCACCUAAGAGUGGGAAGAGAGGAGCCUGUGGGCAAGGGCAAGAUGAGUCCUUGGGUACCUGUCAUGUGUGGAGCACAGUGUGACGUGUGUGGAGGACAGUGCAAGUCCCAGGUACCUAUUACGGGUGUCUGUCCCUGAACGGGGAGGUGUCACGGGUGCCGCGGCCCCGCCGUGGUAGGAGGCAUCUGCCCUUAAAGCUGUGGGAGGUGCUUGGGGAACCGCAUGUGCAAGACAGUGCCUCCAUGCACUGCGUGAUUUAUGACUUACAAGCCUUGCAGCGCUGAUACUCUGCAUAUUGCAAGGUUUGGGGGUUAAAACGGUGCUAACGUUAUAAAUAGCCACUUUGCCUCCUGCAAGCUUUGUGAUCUGUGGGGUGUCCGAAACGCAGGCAGUGGCGUUUGGACAGUCUUGGCCGGCGGAGCUGCUGGUGCUUUCACACAGGCUUUCUGGUUGCUCCGAUUACCCGGCGAUAUUUCCGACACUGGUGCGAUGUGAGUGAUGUGGGUAACGCGCACGGCUUGCCGAUGGAUGCGAGUUGCUAUGGGUUAAACUGCUGGUGGCAGGCAGGAGUUUGCCCGCUUUGGCUUACCCACGCCAUGGGACAUGUGUAGACCCCGAAACCCCAUGAGGCCAAGCUGCCUCUGGUGUCGCUGUCAGGAGAAUGAGCUCUUGGUCUUCAAUGUGUUCACUGCUUUCCAGUUCGUGUCCCCUAUAGUCCUCUGAAUUUCACCUCCUGCAGGUCGCUGACGGAUCUUAAAUGGGCGCUUUCCCCAUGCAAAGGUUGCAGAGCCCCUGGAGCCCCCAGGACGUGGGGACGCCUGUGCGUCCGCCUUACCACGGCUUGCGGUCUGCGUGGAGAAGCUCUGGAGCUUCAGGCUGGAAGCAAAGUGCUGCUGUGCUUUUGCAUGCCAGUACGUCACCCGAUGCUGUUAAAAGGAGCCAUUGGUGUAACGUGGCCUACUGGGAACACCGGACUCGCGUUGGCCGCCUCUACACAGUGUACGAACAGUCUGUCAGUAUAUUUUAUGACCUACCUCAAGGAAACGGCUUCUGCCUCGGACAGCUAAACCUGGAAAACAGGAGCGAGACUGUGAGAAGGACUCGAAGUAAAAUCGGCUACGGGAUUUUACUUAGCAAAGAGCCGGAUGGUGUGUGGGCCUACAACCGCAGCGAGCAUCCCAUCUUCGUCAACUCCCCGACACUGGACAUCCCCAACUGUAGGACUUUGAUAGUGCGCAAGGUGAUGCCUGGCUACUCCAUCAAAGUGUUCGAUUAUGAGAAAUCCUGCCUCUUGCAACACGCCACGGAUCUGGAUUACGCAGACGGGCCCUACGACCCAAACAGCGUUCGGAUUAGCUUCGCCAAAGGCUGGGGGCCCUGCUACUCGAGACAGUUUAUCACGUCAUGUCCUUGUUGGCUGGAGAUUUUACUCAGUAACAGUCGAUAACAGUCAGCCUCUGACAAAAGGAAAAAAAAAAAAAGCAAACAAAAAAGACACAGAC